AUGGAUUUGUUGCAGUUAGAUGAUGAAGAACAGGAAAUCCUUCAAAUAUUAGCAGAGAAUGGAAUAAAAGUAACGAAUCCUAAGAAAAACCAUCAGAGCCGGAUACAAAUUUUUGAGAACAUUUUAGUAUACAAACCAGACAACGAACUCCUUCAUGCGAUUAAUAUAGCAGCCGAAUCUGAUCCUUCCUUUAAGUGUCCAAAAGAAUCCCCUUUAGAAGUUGAUGUACAAGCGUCGAACUUGGGUUCAUUACUUAGUGUUGCUACUGAAAAUGGUCCUGAAAUUGAAUUUGAAGACACAUUUUCUGUUACCGGGAUUGAUGAAGGUGCCCCUAAAUCGAAUGCUAUUAUUAAAAUAUGCGAAGCUUCGGAAGGUGUCAGUGAAUUGGAAAUCACGCAUUUUACUACCAAUGAUAGUCAAACAAUUGGAGUUGUAGAAUUGGAUGAAUCUGGACUUGAAACAAUUGACAAUGAAGUACCAGAGAACAAGCCCAAACGCAGAAAACAUGCUACUUGUACAGAAUGGCAAAGAAAUAUAACGAAAGAAAAGAGAAUGCGGGGAGAGAGUUAUUCAGGAUAUUCCAGAAAGGAAAAACAGGUUACGACAGAAGCAAAGUCGGGUAUCUCAUUAACUGAGACUACAAAGCAAAAAAGCAACAGAGGCAAUAAAAGAUCUACUGAGACACCAACCUCCAGUGGAAUCAGUCAAGCUGAACAUCUGCUAAAGUUUUUUAAAGAAAUACCUAAGCUACCCUCACAUUACUGUAGAAGUACAUCAACGAAACUAUAUCUUGAACCAGUAUUCGAAAGUAAAAGCCAUGUAUACAACAUUUACAAGGAAAAAUGCGCAAGCGAUAAGGUGAAACCAAUAUCAGCUCGUUUUUUUAACAAGUUUGAUGAACUGAACUUAAGCAUUACCAAGCCAAAGAAGGAUAGGUGUGAUGUUUGCUGCGGUUAUGAAACCAAAAACGUGACAGAAGAGGUUUACAAAAAACAUAUUGAGAAGAAAAAGGCUGCAAGACUAGAAAAAGAAGCUGAUAAAAAGUUGGCUAUUGAUGGAAAAAUUACGGUACUUACUGUAGAUUUGCAGAGCGUAAAGGUUUGUCCCAAAGUUCAAGCUAGUGCUGUUUAUUAUAAGACAAAGCUUUGUUGUCAUAAUUUUACAGUUUACAACUUAGCAACUCACGAAGUAACCUGUUAUUGGUGGCAUGAAUGUGAAGGCGAGCUACAAGCAUCCAACUUCGCUUCUUGUCUAGUAGACUACAUACAAGAGAAGGUUCCUAAAACUAUUACACUAGUUAAUUUUAGUGAUGGAUGUACAGCCCAGAAUCGAAACUCUAUCAUGGCUAAUGCUCUUCUUGUCUUGGCUAUAAAAGAAAACAUAGUAAUCACACAAAAAUAUUUGGAAAAGGGCCAUACCCAAAUGGAGUGUGACUCAGUACAUUCCGUUAUUGAGAUAAAACUAAAAAAAACGACAUAA